GCUGUGCUACUUGAAUUAAAAACUAUUCGAGGUCAUGAAACAUUAACGGAAAAUUCCAAGUUAUUAUUUAAAACACAAGUUAAAUAAAUGUCUACAAAACAAUUCACGAGAAACUUCAAUUUGGCAAUCUACACAAGUUUUCUCUUAUUGUUAAAUGGGGAUUGAUCAUAUAUUUAAUAGGUAUCAGAAGACAAUAGCAGCAUACGAUAAACAGGCAUGGGAGACCCAAAUAGAACAAAAAGAACAACUAAUAUUCGGUUUAAAUCAUAUUCACACGAGAAGUACAAAGCCAAAUAAUGAUCUUAUUGACCUAGAUUUGGUUAGGGGUUCUUCCUUUACCAAGGCUAAGCCGCAACAUGGUUUCCUGACUAUUGCUAAACUGGCAACGCUAAGAUUUAUGCUGUUGCCAAUUUACGGCCGAUGGUGGAUCCAGGAGACGUCGAUAAACUUUUUUUUACUACUUUUAGUUUUAUAUUUAACACAAUGGAUUAGUUUUAUUGUGUUUAGUUUGUAUAACUAUUACACUGACGCACAGAAUAUUUCUUGCAUGGAACUAUUUGUACCUUUUAUGAUGAUGUGGAUUUUAAUUUUGAUCCACUCGCAAAUCGUCGCAACAAACUACAAUAUUGAUCCCAAUGUUAAUAAGCCUUGGCAAUAUCUACAAAAAAGAACUUUAUUUAGAAGACACAAACAAAGAAAUAGACCUCAAUUGAAAUUAAAUGUAAAAUUACCUCAUGAUGAUGACGGCUUUGAAAGCCUCACCGGAAACGGUUCAAGAACAAGCGAAGAAGAAACGACGCCGAAAUUGAAGAAGGUACUAAAGGUGCAUGAUACAAUAACACAAAAGGUGCAUAAGAUGCCCUCGAAAUUACUAAAAGUGGAGGAAAUGGUUAAAAAUGGCAGCAAAACUAGUUUAGACAGUCAAGCACGUGUUAAAAAAGUUACUAUAGACGAAUGCAAUACUCAUUGCAUUGUGGAAAAUAUGAAGGAUGUGGGAGGGAAAGACUUUGGAACUGAUGAUGAUGAAUCGGAUAGUAAAGAACCCAUUCAGGGUCAAAGUGGUAGUAAACCGAUUCCUCUUAUAAAUGUAAGCAACAUUUUGGACACUGAAGAUGAUGCCGUUUCGUCACCCGAGAUUCGUCCGAAAUUCAUGCAAUUCCCUGCCAACGAAUGGAAUAGCGUCACAACAAACAGCGACAGUUCCGGGGUAACCGAUUCGGAGGAUACCGAUGAUAUGCAUAGCGCAAUGGAAGAACUGGAACCAAGCGGCAUUUUAAACACGCCAUCUGUAAAAGUAAGUUGUAUAGUAUGGGAAAGAGGAGAGAUAAAAAAGGCAGACCUUUCAAUGCUAGACAUAAGCUCUACAAUUAUAGGAAGAGUGGACGCGAUGCCUGAAGGAAUGGAUUAUUUUUAUGUCGGUAUGGUGAUAGCAGCUACUUUGGCACUUUUACCGAUUAUUUGUCUGCUUUGUAAUUGCAAUAAUAAUGACUUAACCAACAUGCAUCAUCCAGUGUCGGAUAUAAUAAAAAAUAUAUCCAGCCAUAUGAUUAGCAAUAAUGCUUUUGAGAAUUAUAUUCAGGGCGGUAUAGAAACUUUGGAUAAUAUGUUGAUGGUUCUGUUUGGAAUUUCUGCCCAUGAACGAAUUAUAUUUUUUAUCGUUCUUUUUCAACGUUGGAUUUUGGCCUCAAUGAUAUUCUUCUUACUUUCUGUGGCCGAAAGAACCUUCAAUCAAAGGUUACACUACGCGAAAAUGUUCUCUCAGCUAACGUCAUCGCGUAUGGCAAAAAAAUCAGAUUUACCUCAUUUUCGCCUGAACAAAGUGCGAAACAUAAAAACAUGGCUGUCGGUGCGUUCCUAUUUGAAGAAGAGGGGGCCGCAAAGAUCCGUCGACGUGAUUGUAUCCACUUCUUUUGUGGUUUGUUUGCUUCUUUUGACGUUCCUGUGUUUUGAGCUGCUAAAGGAAACUAUAAAUCUUUCCCAAUAUUAUAUGGAAGCAUUAAUAUGGUGCUUAGGCUUGGGAAUAUUCUUGUUAAGAUUUAUGACUCUAGGUACAAAAAUUAAUAAGAAAUACAGAAAUCUGUCUGUUUUAAUCACAGAACAAAUAAACUUGCACUUGAAAAUAGAACAAAAACCUCACAAGAAGGAAGAAUUAAAUGUAGCUAACAACGUUCUAAAAUUAGCUAUAGAUUUACUUAAGGAGCUGGAUAGUCCAUUUAAAAUAUCUGGUUUAUCAGCUAAUCCAAUAUUGUACAACGUAACAAAGCUUAUCAUCCUAUCGGCUUUGUCAGGUGUCCUUUCUGAAAUGCUGGGCUUUAAAUUAAAACUUCACAAAAUUAAGUUAAAAUAAUUGCAAUUAAUAAGUGAUAUUAGGUUGUAGAAACUUAUUGUGAUUCUAAUAGUUUACAUUUUGUUACUUUAAAUGUUACUAUAACAGUGAGCAAAGACGUUAUAUUUUGUGACUACUUUGAUGACUAUUUAUUGAUCUGAUUUACAUAUGU